UUGCUUAAAUUUUCUAGUGGCAAAUAUGACUUAUUUGUAUAAAAUAAUGUGUUCUUAUUGUGAAAUAUAUUUAUUUUAUUUAUUUAACAAAGGGAGGUGGAUGAGUUAUGAGUACUCUUACAUGACAGUCCUUGAUGGGAGGAAUGGUGAUAUCCUCUGGCGUAUUAACUGCUCACAGGCAGCAAUGGCAUCACCAGUCACUCUUCAGAGCAAGACUAGAGGAGAUGAUGGUUUCCUGUUUCUUGGAAUUGGUUGUAAUAAAAAGAUUGAUGAUAUCAUUAAUUCAGGUGAACGAUCCUCUCAUUCUCCAAAUGAUGGUAGGAGUACUAAAAGAUCACAGUGUCCAAUGAAACACUUUGAAAAAGAUAAUGAUAGAUGUGUUCUUAAUCCUCUUGAUGUUCUAUUGCAUUCUUGUCAAAGAAGACAUGGUAAUGAUGAUGGAUUGCUCCAAGGUUCCACUGAUAAUGAUGCCAGAAUCCCUCCUCAAGAAAGCAUGAUUGACAUUGACUUCAGUGAGUAUUAUCCUGAUGAUCUGUGGGAGAGCAAUGGACCAAUGGAUAUCUUUCCUGAUCCUGAUGAGAGCCCAGAGUCUUUCAUGAAGGAUUACUGUGGAUAAGAUCCUGAUCUGUUGCUAGCUAAUCUUUACUUCUUGAACAGGAAAUUGAUAGAAUCACUAACUGAUGUUAUACCAGUCAUGUACUUUCAUACUUACAUAUACAUACUUCAAAAAUUGAGCCAAAAUCCCAGUACUAUCCACAAAAAAUUUGUACCACAAAAAUCAAAGGAAUUUUUGGAACAAUUGUCAUUAUAAAGUUUGUAAAGUUAAAUUUUAUUUUAAUUGCUUGAGGUAACUCAUAAAGACUUGAAGCAACAUCAUGGUGAAAAGAAUGGACCAACUACAAAUGAUACUGGUGAGCAAUCAAUGGAGGACAUUGAACUAAUGAUGAUAAAGAAACUAAUGAAAGACCGCAAGGGACUUCGUUGUGCUCACGUCAUGGCCCCUGUGCUAUUAGCAGGGACUCCUGUUAUAACUGACCAUGAUGGAGAUGGUAAAGUUUAAGCUAUUGUGUCCCUUACUUAUACAGCAGUACC